AUGGGCCAACUGAAAGUCACCCCUCUCCGAUCCAACCUCGACUUAGCUGGGAAAAAAACCGUCGUAACCGGGGCCAGUGCAGGCAUGGGCCUUGAAACAGCUCGCCAGCUCCUAGCUCGAAACUGCGACACUUUGAUCCUCGCGGUGCGAAACACGACCAAAAGCGAAGCCUGCGCGCAAGAACUCCUCAACAUCCCCGCCAUCAAAGCGAAAGCAAAAUAUUCAGUGGUAAAAAUCCUACCCCUGGAUGUGGACCGCUAUGAUAGUGUGCAAUCCUUCGCGAAAUGCCUUCAAAAAGAGGUCCCCGUCGUGAACAUCCUCAUUCUGAACGCAGGCAUUGCACGAUUGAACAUGGAACGAGCGUCGACAGGUCACGAACGAUGUUUACAAGUAAACUACCUUUCUAACUCUCUUCUUCUUUUUGAAUUACUUCCCUACCUAUACUCAUCGGCCGAGAAAUCUGGUUUCGCUACCCGAGUCACCUGGGUCGGAAAGUCGGAGGCAUGA